AUGUCAAGGUGGGCUUCUUUAAAAAACCACAAUCUUAGUAUUUCGGAGGAAAAAAGCAAAGCGGUAUGGUUUACGAAAGGCCGACGGUUACUCAACCCCCCUCACCUGCUGUACAAUAAUAAAAGAAUUCCCUACACAGAUAAAACCAAAUACCUCGGCAUAAUACUACACAAAAACCUAAAAUGGACCCCCCACAUCACAGAACAAGUAAACAAAGCGCAAAAAGGUCUAAACAUUAUAAAGAAUUUGACCAGAGUUUGGUGGGGUGCCGACCCGAAAACUCUCCUAGUAAUCUACAACGGCAUUGUAAAGUCGCACCUAGACUAUGGUUCCAUUUUCAUUAAACCAACAAAUAAAACCGGCCUAGAGAAGAUAGACAAAACACAAUUUCAAUCCCUGAGAACUAUUCUGGGAUGCAUGAAAUCUACCCCGACAUGGGCGUUAUUGGCAGAGGCAAAAGAACAAUCAAUGGACCAUAGAAGAAAAAAUCUUUCCGUAAAAUUUCUCCUAAAAAUCUACUCUCAUAAUGACCACCCAUUAACAACACUCUUAAAAAACAUCAGGAAAUCACUUGCAAAAAAUGCAAACUUCUGGAGGAACAAGGAGACGCCUUAUCUAGUCACUGCUCUGGGCUACCUAGACAAAUACUCUAACAAAAUAUACAAAAAUGACAGGGCACCAUGCUACGAAAUGCAACUACAACAUCAGAUAAAAAUGAUAAAGGUGAUCGAUCUGAAUCUGGAAAAAAGCCAAGUUUCUAACAAAAACUUAUUCUACGAAAUCACCGAAAACAUUAGAUCCAACCACACGUUCAUAUAUACAGAUGCCUCCAAGGGUAAAAACAACGCGGGCUACGGAGUCUAUUGCAACAAUCCCCCUAUCAACUAUGCAGAAAGACUACCAGAGGAAGUAACAAUUUGCACAGCGGAAAUAGUUGCAAUUAACAAGGCAAUUAUUAUUUCUCUGUGCAAAGAGCUAAGAAAUGUUGUAAUCCUCUCAGACUCUAAAAGCGCCAUUGACAAGAUUCGAUAUCCCGGGGUAAACACUUCAAAUGACUCGAUCACACUAUCAACCAAAAAACUCCUAUUAGAAGCAAACAAUAGCGGAACGAAAAUACACCUAACGUGGAUACCAAGUCACACAGAUAUAAGUGGAAACGAAGCUGCAGAUAAACUCGCAAAUAUUGGAAGGUCACUCAAUGUACCCAAGAACAUCAAAAUCGACAAGGCAGAUAUACUAGCAGUUAUUAAACACAAACUUACAGAAGAAUUUUCCCAAAAAUGGAAAACAACAGCCACCAACAAGGGGGGAUGGUACUCAGAAAUCGUUAAAAAAUUUCCCAAAACCAGAUGGUUUGACAAUUUAAAAUACGCCAGAAGAAAGGACAUAACCAACAUCAUACGACUUAAAACAGGACACUGUCGCACAAAGGUCCAUCUGAAUAGAAUAGGAAUAAUUGACAGCCCACUUUGCGAGUGUGGAAAAAUAGAAAAUAUAAACCAUAUAUUCUUGGCAUGCCCCCUGAGAACCUAUCCUCAAACAGAUCUAUACACAAAACUAAUAAAAGACGCCACACUACACCAUUCAGUAUGCAGACAGUGGCUCAGCCAACGUGCCAAGCUAAAAACCAUUAAUCUCAUCAACGCUUUUAUAGACAAAAACAAACUAGAAUUAUAA